AUGCGUUUGAAGGAAAAAUCACAGGUUUAUGUAGAUACACUCACUAAAGAGGGAAAAGAUCAGAUUCAAGAACCUGGUUGGUGUCGCACUCAGAAAAUGGAGAAAACAUGUCUUCCCCUAUUCGCCCCUGGCAUCUGCAACUCUGCAGACUCGGAUAGAUUGGAAUAA